AUCGUGGUAAGUAGGUGUCACUGCAUCUUGUAUUGACUCCGCCAACAGAAGCUGUAACCCAUUUUCGCUACGCGGUCUGCUUCAACACAACACGCGCUCGUUGCUUUGCUAUUCAUUGCGAACGACAUGGAACCAGAUGGGCUUGCAAACGAACUCGUCUGAACUGCUUGUGAGGGAAAUACAAUGUCUAAUUUUAAGGACACGAACUCUACUCCAGACGGGUAUAGGGCUCUAAACAUGAGUGAAUUGCAGGAGCUUUUACAAGAUAAAGAAAAAAUGGACCAGAUCGUCCGACUCAAUGAGAAGUUUCAGGAGCUGCAGGUGGACAGAGAGAUCCUGCUGACCUCCAACCGGAGCUUGGCCGAGGAGAGCAUCGCCAAGCGACCCCGCCUCAACAACGGCAAACUCCAGCUGGCCGAGAAAUACAAGGAGCUGGCCAAUCUGGCAACCGUCUGUUGGGAAAAACAGAGCCGGCUCGAUGCCCACACACAGAAGCACAGCCUCCAAACAGCACAAAAUCUUCUCCACGAAGACGUGGCGCGUGCUGAGGAACAGUCUGAGGACCUCCUGGAGAAGUUCAUGGAGGGGAACGUGCCCUUGGAGGGGUUCCUGGACUCCUUCCAAAGCUCCAGGAAGAGCUACCACAUCCGCCGUGCUCAGGCCGAGAAAAUCCAGGAGCUCAGCCGAGUCAAACAGAAUUCCAGCAAACCCAAAAAGCCAGAGGAGCGAGAGGACAAGGCGCUGGAGGUAAAGAGGGACGAGCACCCUGAAACCCAGCGGCCCAACGGCUUCGUGGCCCAGGGCCCACCCCGGGUCUUCCAGCUCCGCUACGGCCUCACCCCCGCCAUCCUGCUGCCCCACUUCCCCCUGCCAACCUCCUCACCCUCUGCCCCGUCCCACGCCAGUCUACCUCCACUGGACUCCCAGCCAGGCCAGACCCACAUCCUGAGCCCAAGUGCCCUGCUCUCUGGACAUGGGCACCCUGUGAACCUACGGGUCAUUGGACAAUUACCCGGCGGCUGGCCAACCAGACCGGUGCGGUUACAGCAGCUCUAUAGGCCCGCCCCUCAUCAGCCUGAGCCUCUAUAACAAUAACUGAGGCAUGGGCCCUGGAGGUCUCUAGACAUGGAACCAAACAGUGGCUACCAGACUCAUGGACGCAAAGAUGGCCUUUGAAGACUUUGUGGAAUUGAUCUGACACAUACGUUCGCCAUCCAUGACA